AUGGGGCGCAACUCGGUCUUGUUCAAACACAUGACUCAAGUGGAUUUCGAGGAAAUCCGACAGAAGGGAACGCCUGCAGCAGUAGAAGUUAUUAACCUGGUAGCCGAGGCCGGACUGGAGUACUUUCUUGGCGGACCUCACGUUCUUUAUAGAAAUGCGGUUGAAGAAUUUUUCAACACCGCAACUCUUUCGGGCAAAAAAAUCACCGCAACUGUAGGCGGUACUGAAUUCGAGCUAACCGAGGAAUCGGUUGCGGAGAGCCUGCGCCUUCCAACAGCCGGCCAAGAUGCAACGGCGGAUAUAGAGCUAAAAACGUUCGAAGCAGCUUGCCAGAUACUCUCAGCGACUAAGGAGCCGAUAAAAGUAUCUGAGAGGAAACAGCCGGCUCCCGGUUCCACAGGUGGCCGAAAGAAGCCAUCCACCAAGAAAUCGGCCCCGGCGAAAGAAAAGGGCGAAAGCAAAGGCAAGGAGAAGGUAGUCUUCUCGGAACCACCCCAACAAACAGAGGAGGAAGAGUCGGAUUCCACAUCUGAACAGACUGAAUUAGAGAAGACCGAUGACGAAAGACCGAAUGAUGAAGAGCAUUCGGGCCCAAGUCCCGAUAACACCGGUAAGGGCGCGAAUCCGGAGACCGUCGAGGGCGGUGAAGAAGACAGUGAAGAAGAGGAGGAGGAGGACGAACCGACAAAGGCCGAUACUAUAGCGCGCCAAAUCCUGGAGGUCAUUGAACGGCGAGCUGAUAAGGUUGGCGAGAUAUACCGGGAAUGGCACGAGCACCGGUUCAGCAAACGUUAUAGAAACAUUUUACCGGGCUUCACCGACGAAGUGUGUUUCCAAAGGCUGAAGGAAAUAGAGGACAUAGUCAUGGACCUCACAAACUCCGAAACUAUUCACCAAGCCCUGGGCCGAACCUUCGUCUUAAGACCGCGAGCACAGCUAUGGAAGCUAACCAUAUUGAUUCGGAAGAUUACGGAAAGGUUCGAAGAGGUAACAACGGAGGACACCUUAACACCCUUGGUGUUAGAAAGACUUGAGAAAGCGAGAGGGGAACUCGUUGAAGAAAUAGAGCGGCUGGAGGUGAUGUACGGACAAAGAGAAAUACCGCACUAUACACCUCCACGGAUCGAUAAGAGUCAAACUCAUGGUCCAACACCUCCAAGGGCGAAUCCGGCAACAAAUGAAACCGAUGAAAGGGCGGAUCCUCCUCUCACCGGGCAGCUUCCACAUGAACAACCGGAAGUCUCCAAACCGGGCGUUACAAAAGAAUGGGUGAAGAGUCUUCUUCAAGAGUUUGCAGACUCAACGGUUCACCCACUAGAGGAGAAGAUGCAGAGAACCGUAGGCCAGGCACUCCGGUUUGCCAACAACACAAAGCGUUAUCUGUUAAGGGCAGACGACCGGUUCUCACAACUCGAAGAUGAUCACCGGGAAGAUGCGGUUCUGCGCAGCAACCACCUUCGGCGAACCGUGAUUUUGGAAGAUCAGACCUCUGAGAUAGAAGAGAAAUUCGACCGGCUUGAAAGAGAGACCGAUCAACGAUUGACAGAGGUCACCGAGGAUCUGGUCGGCACAACACUUGGAAGGGUCUCCGAACUUGAAAAGAAGAAUGCGGGUCUCGAGGCCGACCUCAAGGCGCUUUCUGCACAGGUUGCUGAAUUACUCAAGGCAAAAAUGAAUGCGGAUGCUGCGGUUGUGGAAGCCAAUGCCCGAGCGGCUCAGGAAGUCCAGGAUGCGCUGGACAACGAAGCAAGAAAAGCAAAGGAGCCACUGCAACUCACCAAAGAGGAAGUAGCCGAGCGCGAACGAAGGGCAAUGGCUAAGUUUCCGGGUCUUGCAGAAACGGUAGCCGCUCAGCAACGAGAGGAUGCAGAGCGGUUAAACAAUGAAAGACAGAGACUCGCUAACUUUGCAAAAGCUAACGAGAAGAAAAAGGCGGCCUCUUCCGUUUCGGUUCCGACAAAGCGAAAAAGGGAAUCCUCAAAAAAGGCUCAAGUGGCCGAGCUUCUAAAUGAGGUCACUGACACGGUUAUUGAGAGUAUACCGGAUCAGGCUACUCACACAGAAGAAGAGGAUGAAGAGCACCUACAGCGGCGGCCCACAAGACAAUGA